AGAGAGAGAAAGAGGGGGAAAAAGAGAGAGAGAGAGAGAGAGAGAGAGGAAGGCGGGUAGAGUAGUACGUUGAUUAGGUUGAAACGUUGGCGAACGAUAACAGCACUCGAAGGAGAGUCUCAGGGCGGACGAUUUCAAUGGUCGCGAUUCAUGUUGAGAGGUUGUGACAGCAUACCUUUAACAAUCGCUGUUGUCACUGAAGAGGUUGCAAAAGUGGCGAUAAACCAGCAUCGAUCGCGCUGACUCGUCGCAUUCUCAGCCGGGUUCCUGCAAGAGGUCGGGGCCUACGGUAAAAGACGAGGACAGAGAGCGGGUAGAGAAGAGCAAGAAGGAUAGUCUGGGGAAAGCUAACCGGACGGAGAGAGACAGAGCGAGGAAAGCGUGCGCACAUACCGUAGGAAGGAAAGUAGGGAAAACUUGGGGUGGGAGUUAGAGGGUAAUAGCGAGCAAAAGACGGGAGCCAGUGGUGUACGACUGUUGGUGGACGAUAUUAGGCGACCAGGAUAGAAGACGGUGAGAUAAUAAAUACAGAUAAAUUGCUCACAAAAUGGCCUGGGGUUAUUGGAGCGCAACGUCAGUCAGCGAUCGGGGUCGGUCACCCCGUCGCGAAAAGGAUAAACAACAGCAUCAGAGUUUGCAUCAGCAGCAACAGUAUCAUCAGACGGAAACGAGCACAGGAGCUAUGCAGGGGAUGUACGGUGUGCAGCAAGUACAAGGUGAGCUCGCGGGUGUCAGCUCCUCCUCUGCCGUUUCUACAGGGCCCGGUGCUAUUCCUGGUUCCGCAGUAGAGGAACCACCCUGCAGUAUGAUGAUACAGGGUGGUUCCUUCUAUUCUUAUUCCACGGCUGCGGCUGCGGCUGCGACUGCGACUGCUGUUGGGCGUAGGAUACCUCCUACCGUUGAAGGAGGACCAUCCACUUCUUCCACCGGUAUACAAGUGUUACCGAGAGAUAGGCCGAUCAAAUCGAGCAGCAGCACUUAUCCACCGUCGCCUAGCAGCGAUUCAGCUGAAUACGAACAACCGAUCGUCAGUUUGCGAGGAGAAUGCUCACCACCCCAUAACAGUCCCCGUGACGAUAUAUUCGCCCAGCCUGGAUCUUCUUCCUCCAGAAUGAAACUGCUAUGCGACAAAGGUAUCGAUGACACCUCUGAUGUUGAUCUCGACGAAGUAAUUCCGACGGAGAUGAUGUACGCGACCGCUAAUCGAGCUAUAGGGACUAGUACGUGUCGUGUACAUGGAUCGUGUAAUCCACCGCCGGAUUCUGCAGCCCCUAUCCAGUCUCUAAUCGAUGACACCACUGGAUCUUCGCAAUUUUGGUUCAACGAUAUUACCUGGGUUUUUCCUAACGUGCCGCCUGCACCAGGGAUGCCCUGUCAGGGAGAAGACAGAAGCAUCUACAGACGCGGCGCACGUAGAUGGAGGAAGCUGUACCGAGUGAAUGGUCAUAUAUUUCAGGCGAAACGUUUCAAUCGGCGAGCGUUUUGCGCGUUCUGCCAGGAUCGGAUUUGGGGGCUAGGUCGGCAGGGAUUCAAGUGCAUCCAAUGCAAGCUGCUAGUACACAAGAAAUGUCACAAGGUGGUACGCAAGCCAUGCUUGAGUGUGCAACAACAACAACAACAACAGAUACCAAGCACAGAAUCACAGACGAUCGACAGGAACGGCGAUCAACAACAGCUUGAUUCUGUUCAAUGCAGCCCAGUAGCUCAUCUCGAGGAUGAGAUCUCAGAGUCGCCAAUUAUUGAGGAGCAUUCACGCAAUCGAACCGGAAGUGAAGAAAGGGAGGAGUUACCGCUGGAUACGUUAAACGAUGCGGAUAAUUCGAAUGAUAUGCAAAGGCAAUACUCAUUAAACGAUUUCGAACUGAUUAGGGUAAUCGGUCGUGGUUCCUACGCAAAAGUUUUGAUGGUAGAAUUGAAACGUACGAAGAGGAUUUAUGCGAUGAAAGUGAUCAAGAAAGCCUUAGUAACAGACGACGAAGACAUCGAUUGGGUUCAAACAGAGAAGCACGUAUUCGAAACGGCCUCAAAUCAUCCUUUCCUCGUGGGACUUCAUUCAUGCUUUCAGACACCCUCACGUCUGUUCUUCGUGAUCGAGUUUGUGCGCGGCGGUGAUCUAAUGUUCCACAUGCAAAGACAACGCCGUCUUCCGGAAGAGCAUGCUCGGUUUUACGCAGCCGAAAUUAGUCUCGCCUUAAACUUUUUACACGAGAAAGGUAUCAUAUACAGAGAUUUAAAGUUGGACAACGUAUUACUUGAUCACGAAGGACACGUAAAAUUGACGGAUUAUGGAAUGUGCAAAGAAGGUGUUCGAGAGGGUGACACAACUGCCACAUUUUGUGGCACUCCGAAUUACAUUGCACCUGAAAUAUUGCGUGGUGAAGAUUAUAGUUUCUCUGUAGAUUGGUGGGCACUUGGAGUACUUUUGUAUGAAAUGCUUGCAGGCCGCAGCCCGUUCGAUAUUGCGGGCGCGUCAGAAAAUCCAGACCAAAACACCGAAGAUUAUCUGUUUCAAGUUAUUUUACAGAAGACAAUUCGUAUACCAAGGUCACUAUCGGUUAAAGCAGCCUCUGUGCUUAAAGGUUUCCUUUGCAAAGAUCCUACUGAAAGAUUAGGUUGUGGCAAGAGGCCAACUGCUUUCCUCGAUAUCGUUGCCCAUCCCUUCUUCAAAGCGAUAGAUUGGGAAAUGUUGGAGCAGAAACAAGUAACACCACCUUAUAAACCACGCUUAGAUUCCGAUCGUGACUUAGCAAACUUCCCACCAGAAUUUACAGAUGAACCAGUUCAUUUAACACCGGAUGAUCCGAGGGUGAUCGACAAGAUCGAUCAAAGCGAAUUUGAGGGCUUUGAGUAUGUGAACCCAUUACUUAUGUCUUUGGAAGACUGCGUGUGACAAGAACCGCUUGUUAUUGUGUCACGUCACAAUCAAAAUCAGCAACAAUUACAC